AGAACGUACAGGUAAAUCAAUCGCGAGUUCAUUUUUCUGUCCGUUUCUCUUCAUUUUAGGGGGGAAAAAGUGAACUUGGAAGAAAUAAAUUCAUUUCAUCUCCACAUUAAACUUCGAAACGAGGGAAGGGUUCGAUCCCGAUCUCAGCCACAUUGUCUUCUGCUCUCUUUCUCUCUCUAUCACCUUCGCAGAUCCGAAUCUCAGAUAAUUGUUAAGCUCAAGAACUGAAAAAUUUCAGUGACCUCCACGAAAGAUUGUAUGGGCACAGAUAGUAGUGAUUGGCAUUUGGCACUAAACUAUGACCAGUGGGUAGCACUAUCUGUAUCUGGUCCACGACCCCCGGCUCGCUAUAAGCAUGCUGCAAGCUUGGUUGAUGAAAAACUUUACAUCACUGGUGGAAGUCGUAACGGACGGUACCUAUCUGAUGUUCAGGUUUUUGAUCUUAGAAAUUUGGCAUGGUCUACUCUAAAACUGAACAUGGAACCAAAAGCUGAUAAAACUACUGAUGGUAGUUCCCUGGAAGUUCUUCCAGCCUCUUCAGGCCACAGAAUGAUUAAGUGGAAAAACAAACUUCUUCUUCUUGGUGGUCAUUCAAAGGAUAAUUUUGACAGCUUGAAAGUGCGAUUCAUUGAUUUGGAAUCAUACCACUGCGGUGUUAUGGAGACCUCUGGAAAAGUUCCGGUGGCUCGCGGUGGCCAGUCUGUAACACUGGUCGGCUCUAAAAUAAUAAUGUUUGGUGGAGAAGACAGUCAGAGGCGACUGCUGAAUGAUGUCCAUGUUCUUGAUCUGGAGACAAUGAUUUGGUGUGCGUUGGAGACGGUGCAGACACCUCCAGUUCCCAGAUUUGAUCACAUAGCUGCUGUGCAUGCAGAACGCUACCUUUUAAUUUUUGGCGGUUGUUCUCAUUCAAUCUUUUUCAAUGAUCUUCAUGUACUGGACUUGCAGACUAUGGACUGGACCCAAAUGCUUGUUUAA